AUGUGCGGUCCCAAGCUGUGCGGCUUCGUUUUGGGUCUUUCCUUGUGGGGAACGGUGUUCUUGGGAAUCCUUGGUGGUCUUUACUACAACGAGUCAAUCGGUUUGUUGGAUGAUCUGCCAGAAGAAUCGAAAGACGAUAUCGAGCACAUGGAUUGGUCAGAAAGGAUAACGAAAAUCAAGGACAAAUACCACCAAAACGCGUACAAUGCCUGGAUCGCUUGCGGAGCGUAUGCAGUUUUAACGGUCGUCGCUGCAGGUCGUCUCAUCAUGUUGACUCGA